CUUGGUUUAUAACUUUACAACAAACAACAUGUCUGAUCCCACCGUCUCGGCCGCUCCCAUGGCUGGCCUCCGACAAUGUACUCGCUAUAUCACAAGCCAUGAUGAUUCUGCGAAAAGCAUUUUUCUGCCCACACCGGAAUUGAUCUAUCAUGAGCGCUAUGGAAACCGCCUGGCCAGAACAUACUCGUGGUCCCGGGUGCCGAGCCCGUUAGAGCAAGAUGCCGAUCUGAAGCUCUAUCGCGCCCCAGAUGACAGCACAGAGGCCACCGCCUGCAGUUACCAAGCUAAUAAGGUGGCAAUCAGUGGGGGGGUCAAUUCUGUGUAUCUUGACAUCGGACCUGGAUCUCAGUCGCCGAUGCACCGCACCGUUAGUAUUGAUCUAGUGGUUGUCAUUGAGGGGAAGAUUGAACUAGAGCUUGACUCCGGGCAAAAGAAGACGCUUUAUCAAGGAGACUCCGUGGUACAGCGUGGGACGAUGCAUCGUUGGAGAAACCCAUCGUCUACUAAGCCGGCCAGGUUCCUGGCUGUCUUGGUGUCGGCAGAGAAAUCCUUCAUUGGAGGGAAAGAAUUACAGCAGGAGUAUUUGCCGAAUUGAGAUUUCCAUGGUCUCAAUGUAUGGCCAACCUUUGUUUUGCUUCUUCGUAGUCGCACAGUCGAGAGAACGAGGCCCACGUGAUUCAGUGUAGAUAUAUACCGAUAGGUAUCACCUACCAAA